UAUAUUAUUAAUAUUUUCUUCAAUUAUGAUAAGUGACUCCAUCUCCUUUGAAAAAGAAUUGGAAAUCAAAAAAAAGAGAGAGUCUAGGAAAGAGAGAUCCAAAUUUGAUGACAUUAUAGAAGAAAAUGAAAAUUAGAAAAUGACAUGUUACGAAAGUACUCUUAAUUGUCUUGGUUCAUGUUUUGGGACUUUAAGAGCAUGGAUGCCCUGCUGUUUUUGUUGUUGUCCUUAUCCAUAUUAUCUCAUAACGUAAGGGUAGAAAGGAUUACUUCAGAAAUUUGGUAAAUAUCAAAGAACUUUGGAGUCUGGUCUUCAUGAAAUUAACCCAUUUACCGAUAGAGUGAUUCCAGUCAGCACCAAGACUUUUAUCAUAGAUUUAGAAAGAUAACUUGUCUUAACUAAGGAUAAUAUAACUGUCAACAUUGACACCAUUGUCUACUAUCGAGUUGUGGAUGUCAUGAAGUCUGCAUAUAGAGUUAAAAUGAUUGUUGAAGCAGUAAAGGAAAUCACUUAUGCUACUUUACGUACCAUUUGUGGAGAACACACCUUAUAGGACAUUAUUGAGAAUAGAUAGAAGAUAGCAGAUGAAAUUGAAGGAUUUAUUUUUGACGUAGUUUCUGAGUGGGGUAUUUAUUUGGAGCAUAUUUUCAUUAAGGAUAUGUUAAUGAAUGAUGAAUUGCAAAGCUCAUUAUCUAAUGCUCCAAAAGCUUAAAGACUUGCUUAAUCCAAAAUUAUUUCAGCUCAAAGUGACGUCGCUGCUGCCAAAUUAUUGAGAGAAGCUGCUGAUAUGUUGGACUCUAAAGCUGCCAUGUAGAUCAGGUAUUUUGAAACCGUGUAAUUGAUUGCCAAAAAUAAAAACCCAAAAAUACUUUUUCUAUCUAUGGAUUAAUAAAAUCAAAAAAAAUGA